GUACCUCUCCGUAUAAAAAUCAAAGCUUUGAGCUUUGACUAAACUACCUUUUUGUCAUUGAGUUAUCCCUACAUCAAUCGCCGUACACGUGUCCUGACAGUCUUCUCACAUACCCGAACUUAAUGGUAUGAUCGGAUGGUGUUGAAUGAUGGUACCCUUUGGAAUUGUUGUUAAAACCAACCCUCUUCGUCCCAUGUUUUCUUAUGUCACAACUGGAUAACGAUCCAGGUAAGUUAAAGUUGUCAGCUUUGUUGAAUGUGUGUGUGUGUGUGAGUGAGUGAAGUUUCUUUUCAAGCUUUUAUCAUAGAUAUGGCUAUGGCUAGUGUUAAACUAGGGAGACAAAGUAGCAUACAAGAUAGUCCAAGGAGCCCCAAAGCAAAGCUCGGGAUGCAAGUUGAAGAUCUAUGGUAUGUUCAGGAACCAGAGCAUAGUCCUAAUGACAAACUCAACGCUUGCUUUGAAAGCAUCCCUGUUUCUGCUUUCCCUAUUGCUCCUCAAUGGAUUGAGAUCAAAUCGGAUGCGAGUCAGUCCGAGGCUGUUCAAAUACUAGCACAAAACAAGAUCCUUAGCGCACCCGUUGUUGAUGUCGAUGCACCGGAAGAUGCAAGUUGCAACAUGGAUGGACAGAUACAUUGGCAUUGUAGAGUUUGCAGGAAUUGCUGUAUAGAUUUUGCAACAGGUCGAAAACAGAACCGCAUAUGAUGAACUCUUUUUCUCUAUAAGCCUUUCAUUUGGGAAACUAACAAUGUUUGAGUUUUUCUUCUACAGUCUGAACCAUCUUCACCUAGAAGCCAGUCAUCUUGAAUUUUUUCAGUUUCUUAGUUGUGCUUAUGCUUUAACUUGUGAGAGCAUACAGGUUCGUGAUAUCUCGGGUCGUUCCGCUGGGCACCGUUCCUUGCAUUGCAGAAAUCGAACACCUUUCUGACCAUGUUGUUACUGCUUUCUAAGUUGUUAUUCACAUGCUAGCAGAAUGUACUGGACUUCACUGGUUCGAAAGUUGGGGAAGUAAGAAAACGAGAGUGAGUUGAGAUUUAAAAUCGUCCUCAAGAAUUUUCUCUAAAAUGAUAGUAUCCGCGCAGACGUAAGACAAGACGAACGGCGGCGGCGGAGAAAAUGGGAAAUCCAAAACAUAAAUACCCAUUUUCAAUAGUAUUUCUAAUACUAUGUGAGAUUGAACAUUACCAACAAUGAUAACUUGCAAGAGAGAUGAAACGGUAAAAGAGUUGAUCCAGACGCGACUCGGAGAAGAUCCAAAGGGUGUACGUCGUGGAUGAUGAUGGGAACUUGGAAGGAGCGAUCACACUUGGGGACAUCAUCUCGAGGCUGGUACACAAGCCACGCGGCUACUUUGGUGAUUUCUUCGACGGCGUGUUGCCUUUACCUGAAAACAGCAGGGUGUGAAAGAGUAACAA